AUGUGUUCAAAUAAACGUAAAUCUCAUUCUUCAACAAAACCCAAUCUUCAUCUAUUCUUUGGACCUAGUACUGUAAAAAAACAUAAACAAACAUACGAUCAAUCAUUAUUUAUAUAUCCAUUUAUUGAUCCAUAUCCACUACCAUCAUUUAUUCUUCAAACAAAUACAAAAGAAUGUCGAAUUAUUAAUGAUAAACUUGAUUUAGAUCUUCUUUAUAUAACAUCAUUCAUUCCAUCACCAUGUGACAUGUCAUUGUAUACAUUUCUACUUAAUAUACUUCCAUGGUAUCGUGUAAAAUAUUCUAAACAAACAGAUAGAUUAGUAGACAUAAUAACACCACGUUAUACAACUGUAUUUGGUAUUGAUGAUACACAACAAUCAAAAGAAAAAUAUAAUCGAACGCCACGAGAAAUUCCACCAAUACUUAAUGAACUUAAACAACAUGUUGAACAAAUAACAAAUACUACAUAUAAUUUUGUUUUAGUUAAUUUUUAUGUUAAUGGUCAAGAUUCAAUCGCAUAUCAUAGUGACGAUGAACAUUGGUUAGGUGAUCAACCAUGUAUUGCAUCAUUAUCAUUAGGUGCUGAACGAGAUUUUUAUAUGAAAAAUAAAUUAAAUGAAAAUCUUAAACAAAAUUUUAUUCUUAAUUCAGGUGAUUUAAUUAUUAUGCGUGGUAAAACACAACAUGCAUGGUUACAUUCAGUACCAAAACGAACAUCACAAUUAUCUGGAAGAAUUAAUAUUACAUUUCGUCGUGCUUAUCUACCUGAAGGAACAAAUAAUUAUUAUAGAUAUAAUGUUGGUGAUGGUCCAAUGUAUCGAUAUAUUAAUGGAAAAAUGAUCAAACAUGAUAGUGAUUAG